CCUUUCAAGCUCGGUCUCCUUGGAUUGGCCGCCGGCGGCCGCCCUGCGCAGGGGGCGACUGUGAUUGGUCGGUGGCCGGUUACGUCAGGGGAGCGGGUCGGAGACCGAGACGCAGACGGUCGGAGGUCUGAGACAUGAGUGGACGCGACAUGUCGCCGCCGCGGGGCAUCUUCCAGCCCAUGAUCUGGCCCAGCCGGCCCAUGCACGAGUACAUUCUGGCGCCCCGGACCUCCGGGAAGCGGUGGCUGGUGGUCGGCCUGGGGAACCCCGGAGUGCCCGACACGCGGCGCAGCGUGGGCCUGGCGCUGCUCGAGCGCCUGGCGCAGCGCCUGGGGGUGGCGGAGAGCUGGGCGCGCGACGCGCGCUGCGCCGCCGACCUCGCCCGGGCCGCGCUGGCCGACGCCGAGGUGGUCCUGCUCCGACCGCGGCGACGCGUGAACGCCAACGGGCGCUGCGCGGCCCGGGCCGCGGAGAUGCUGGGGCUGGCCCCCGAUGAGGUCUACCUGCUGCACGACGAGCUGGACAAGCCUCUGGGGAAACUGGCGCUGAAGCUGGCCGGCAGCCCCAAGGGCCACGAGGGAGUCCGGUCCUGCAUCAGCUGCCUGAACUCGAGCCUCAUGCCACGGCUGCGGGUGGGCAUCGGGAGCGCCCAGCCCCCAGAAGACGUGCAGACCUACCUGAUGAGCCCCUUCUCGCCUGCGGAGCAGGAGCAGCUGUCCCAGGUGCUGGACCGCGCUGCCGACCUGCUCCUGGACCACCUCCAGGAGCGCGGCCAGGCGGUUCCGCUAGACCUCUGAGCCCGCAGCCGCAAGCAGACACCGCCACUGCCCGCACACCCCAACCCUGUCCAGGAAGCGCCGCGCUGACCCACGCUUUCCGUUUAUUUAUUUUUAUUAUUGUUAUUAUUAUUUUUUUAAUAGAAUGUGUCUCUGGGCUGCCCCAGGUCGCCCUGCAGGGUGAGGGGUGGGGGGCAGGAUCUGUGGCCGGAUAGUCCGUCUCUGGGCUAGGGGGUGGGCAUCUCUGUUUCACUUGGAAAGGAGAGAGCCUGCAGGAUGGCCGCAGCCUUUCAGCCUUCUCUUCUGCAUACCGAACUUCAUCUGAGCGAUUAAAGACGCGUGCAUGAAGCC